UUCAAUAACUGGGCUUCGAUAGCUCUGCGGAAUCUCCUCACGACUGAGUUUGACAGCUUUAAGACAGUCUUGAGCAAAAUGUAAAAAAAGUAAUAAAUAAAUAAAUAAAUAAACGCUGGGAAAGAAGCAGAGCUGAAAGACAGAUAAACAAAUAUAUAAAAUAGUGUGACUCCGGAGAGGGGCGGGGGAGUACAGGUCCAGCGCAGGCGACGCAGUGUUGCGUAUUGGCUUUCAUUCACCAGUCAGCGCUCACACGCUGCGAAGGCGGACACACGGAUUUUCGAACUCCUGCGUAGUGUUUGAAAAGGACCUCCUUCGCUGAACUGUGAUGCAUAACGGCGCAUACCUCCACAGUGAGCGACAGCGCCUGUUAGUCAGCGGGGAUGAUCUGCCACAAAAUGAAACGCCGGGUUCACAAUUCCUGAGGACACGACCGGAACCGACAGCUUGACAUUAAGUAAAAUGCAAAACAACGGAUAACCCUAACGCAGCUGAAAAAGUUGUUUUUUUCCCUGCGUGCUGAAACCAAGUAAACGUACUGGAACAAUCUUUAUGAAGCGUCGGUUUACCUGAAAAUGGAGUUGGAGGAAUGCAAAAUAUCCGUGUGGGUUUGUCGGGAGGAGAAGCUUGUCUCUGGGCUGUCAAGACGCACUACCUGCGCCGAUGUCGUCAGAGUGCUCCUGGAGGAUCAGAACUUGCAGCAAGGCGCUUCUGCGGCUAUGCUCUCCGGGUCUCCACAGUCAUACUGCAUUGUGGAGAAAUGGAGAGGAUUUGAGAGGAUUUUGCCGAACAAAACAAAAAUCCUUCGUCUCUGGACAGCAUGGGGUGAUGAACAAGAAAACGUGAGGUUUGUGUUGGUGAAAAAUGCGGCGUCCUUACCCAACAACGGACCUCGGAGCGCGGAGGCGCGGGUCGUACUUAGCAAGGAGAGUCCUUGCGUGUACAAGGGAACAGCGAGGGCAACGAUGGCUUUCUCCCAGGAAAAGCAGCGGCGUAUUGUCAGAAAGGCGUUCAGAAAGUUGGAUAAAAUCAACAAAAAGAGAGAGGAGGCUAUAUCAAAGGACUCCUCUUCAGUGGAGAAAAUGGAAACUUUAGUACACCUGGUAAUAUCGCAAGACCACACCAUCCGCCAGCAGAUCCAAAGGAUUAAGGAACUGGAUCGAGAGAUUGACAGGUAUGAGGCGAAAGUUCACUUUGACAGGAUGAAAAGGCACGGGAUCAAUUAUGUGCAGGACACAUACUUGGUCGAGGGCAAGCCGGAGGCUGAGUCAAAGAGGGACAGCGACAAGCCGUGCUCUGCGGAGGCUCUCGCUUGGUUCGAGGAGUACGCCAGCAGAUGCGAGGAGGUCAUUAGGCUGCAAGAGGAGCUGGCGGAGCACGAGGCGCUCAUGGACAGUAUUACGGUGGAGAUCCAAGAGGAGCUGAAUCAACGGUGGAUGAAGCGACGGCAAGAAAAACUCUCGAACGCGGACGCGGAAGCCAGCGUCGAGGAGCCCGCAAUUAGGGUAACUACAGCCACCCAUGCGACAGGGAAGGACGUGGCUCCUCCAGAGCUUGACAUUUCGUCGGAAAACGAAUUGCUUUUCGAGGAGGAGAGAGUCAAAACGCAGCUGGACACGAGUUUAUAUAUUGGUCUUCGCUUGAACACGGAUUUGGAGACUAUUAGAGGUGAUUUGGACAUGAGCCAGGGGCUGUGGGAUGCGAAAGUAAAAGAGCUACAGGAUUUACUGGAAAAAGUGGAGUCUCUGGAUUUUGAAGAAGCUGUGAAACCAUCAGUUAAGGGCAAAGCAAGUGGCUCUGUUGUAACCGAGACCGAAUUGUUGCCUUCUUUAGAGGCAAACAGCGGGUGGGUGGAACAGGCUAGGGGACUUUCAAAGAAAUGCGACACUAAUGACGAGGACUCGGACACCGGGCUCAGCUCAAUGCACAGCCAGGACUCGGACAACGCACCUGUCUGCGAGUCGCUAGUAUAACUGGUGCGAAACGCUUACACAUUCACCCAGUAAAUAAACUCAGGGAAACGUGCAUUUCACAACACCUAAACGUGUUAUUCCCUCUGCUAAAUGGAAGAGAGAGAAAAAAACGGCAACAUGCGUAUUAAGUUACAUCAAUUGUAGCAUAUCUAUGAUGUUGAACCAUGCAUAGUUUGCCACUAAAAUACUCACCUGUAGUCUCACCGAGUUGUUCAGUAACCUAAAAUAAAUGCACAAAGUCCGUUAUUCCGUCCGUACCACCAGGCAUAGUAUUGACAAGCUGAAAAAAUCAUUCAGUUAUCUGCUUAUGUGUUCCCAAUGUAUGUGCGUAAGUCCCAAUGUUAUUUAUAACAAAUGUGUAGAACUAAGGAACAAUUGACGACUGCAUUGUAAUUGCUGAGAAGAAAAACGUGUUAGGCAGAUGGAUUUUGGUUUGUAAACACUAAGGUUGUUGUGGAAUUAAAGGAGAUUAAAAUAAGAACGAAUUAAUUGUUUCAA